GCGGCGCGGCAAAAAAUACAUAAUAAAUAAAUAAUAAUAGAUAAUAUUAUUGUGGUAAAAUUGUAACACCCGAAUUUUUUUUCGCCCAAAAACGGUUUGUGGUCUCAUUGUUGAUCAAAAGUGCAGUUUAAAAAACACACACAAAGUCACAGGAGGAAAGCAGCGGCGAAUCCUAAGAGAAAAGGCGUGAUUGUGUGAGAGAGUGAGAGCCAGGAUAACCCGCCAUUAUGAGCAAGAAGCCAACAGUCGGACCGGCGCUCCACAAGGUCAUUAUGGUGGGGAGCGGCGGCGUUGGCAAAUCCGCCCUCACACUGCAGUUCAUGUACGACGAAUUCGUUGAGGACUAUGAGCCCACCAAGGCCGAUAGCUAUAGGAAAAAGGUUGUGCUGGACGGUGAGGAAGUACAAAUAGAUAUACUGGAUACCGCUGGGCAGGAGGACUAUGCCGCCAUCAGAGAUAAUUACUUUCGCAGCGGCGAGGGUUUCCUCUGUGUCUUCUCAAUCACAGACGAUGAGAGCUUCCAGGCCACGCAGGAAUUCAGAGAACAGAUAUUGCGGGUGAAGAAUGACGAGAGCAUACCGUUCCUGCUGGUGGGCAACAAAUGCGAUUUGAAUGACAAGCGAAAGGUGCCGCUGAGCGAGUGCCAAUUGAGGGCCCAACAGUGGGCGGUGCCCUACGUGGAGACCUCGGCCAAGACGCGCGAGAAUGUCGACAAGGUAUUUUAUGAUCUAAUCAGGGAUAUUUCAUCGCGUAAAAAACAACGUCAGACGGACGUGAAACAGCCGCCGAAGCCCAAUUCUCAUUGCUGCCAAUUGCUGUAAGAUGAAACAACCAACAAACAACAACUACCACAUGAUGAACAACAACAACAACAACCACAACAAAUGCAGCAGCAAACAACUUGCAAGAACAACAACGGCCGCACGGAUAAAACCUUCAACAAAGAGCAUAACGUUAUGUUAAUAAUUAAUUAACUUAAAGAAUAAACAAAAAACGCAAACACACGAAAAACAAAAUGAUUUUCCGCACCAAACGAAAAACGCAAAACACUUAAUCCAAGCAAGAAAUGAGCAUUGUAAAAUACAUAAACGAUAUAUUAAUUUUUUUUCUUUAGGCAACAAACUAAAUAAUUUUCGCAUCUAACAGCCGGCCGUCAUGAAAAUUCCUUUCGAGUCAAGUUCUGUUUAAUUUAAACAAAUUUUUUUAGUCGACAAUUGAGACAAAAACAAGCCUAAAGCGUAAACUUAUUAAAUAUAAUCAAUCUUAGAAGCCUAAACAACCAAUUAUGAAAUUCAUUAAACACUAUAAAUAUCUCGUUUUUUUUUCGUAAUAAUUUUUAAUUUAAAUAGCGAAAUGCAAACACACACACACACAAAACAAACAAGAAACCUUACAGAAAAGCUUUUUAUGAAUACUUCUAUAUAUAUUUAAAUAAACAACAACAAAAAUAUAAAUAGUUAAA